GCCAGCCCAGGUCCCGCCCCUGGGAGGGCGCUUCCGGCACAGCGGAACUCCGGGUGCCGGUUGAGGUUGAUGGUGGACCUGCUCUGGUGGUCUUGGAUGAGGCCCCAUGAGCGCGGCGCCCCUGGUGGGCUACAGCAGCAGCGGCUCCGAGGAUGAGUCCGAGGACGGGAUGCGGACCAGGCCGGGGGAUGGGAGCCACCGUCGUGGCUGGAGCCCCCUUCCCAGGCAGAGAUUUCCAGUACCUGACAGUGUGCUGAACAUGUUCCCGGGCACCGAGGAGGGGCCUGAAGAUGACAGCACAAAACACGGGGGACGGGUGCGCACCUUCCCCCACGAGCGGGGCAACUGGGCCACCCACGUCUAUGUACCAUAUGAAGCCAAGGAGGAGUUCCUGGAUCUGCUUGAUGUGUUGCUGCCCCAUGCCCAGACAUAUGUCCCCCGGCUGGUAAGGAUGGAGGCAUUCCACCUCAGCCUGUCCCAGAGCGUGGUUCUGCGCCAUCACUGGAUCCUCCCCUUCGUGCAGGCUCUGAAAGCUCGUAUGACCUCCUUCCAGAGAUUCUUCUUUACUGCCAACCAGGUAAAGAUUUACACCAAUCAAGAGAAAACCAGGACCUUUAUUGGGCUUGAGGUCACUUCAGGGCAUGCCCAGUUCCUGGACCUGGUUUCAGAGGUGGAUAGAGUCAUGGAGGAAUUCGACCUCACCACUUUCUACCAGGACCCUUCUUUCCACCUCAGCCUGGCCUGGUGUGUGGGUGAUGCACGUCUCCAGCUGGAGGGGCAGUGCCUGCAGGAACUACAGGCAAUCGUGGAUGGGUUUGAAGAUGCUGAGGUGCUGCUGCGCGUGCACACUGAGCAAGUCCGCUGCAAGUCUGGGAACAAGUUCUUCUCGAUGCCUUUGAAGUGAGCACCAGAGGCCUUCCUCCUCCAGGGCCCUCUGCAGACCAGGCUGAGAUGGAGGAACCUGCUAAAAUCGAUGGAGAUGCUUCUAGCCUCCCAGUAGGAGGCCCCAGCCAUGCCUUCAAGCUGGCAGGAGGUGUAGCCACUCAUCCUCCCUGAGUGCUGAUAUGCUCUCUCUCUCUCUCUUCUCCUUUCUCUCUCCUCUCCUCUCUGUCUUCCUCUCCUUUCUUCCUCUCCUCUCUCUUCCUCUCCUCUCUCUUCCUUUCUUUUCUCUCUCUUCCUCUCCUUUCUUCCUCUCCUCUCUCUUCCCCUCCUGUCUCUCUUCCCCUCCUCUGUCUCUUCCUCUACUCUCUCUCUUCCUCUCCUCUCUCUCUCUUCCUUUCUUCUCUCUCCUUUCUCCCUCUCCUGUCUUGGCUGUUGUGGGUUGCAGGUUGGGUGCUGCUGUGUUGUGGUCCUUCGCAGAAACUGCCAGUAGAGGGCAGCCUGGGCAUCCUAAUUCUUACUCUGGUUGUUACACAAAGGAAAUAUUGGGGUCACUGGCAAGCCCACCCACACUGGCCAGAAUCUCCACUGUAGUCCCCCUAACAAACAGCCCUUCACUCCCUCUCCCACUUCAGCAAUUUGUAUUUUGAUGCCAUUGGCCUCAGAUCAGAGUGUUUUAAAUCAUCACGCCCUGGCUUAUCCCUGGUCAAGCCAGGACAUGGGGUGCUUCAGUGGGUCUGUCACCCUCUCUCCUUGAAGCAUGUCGCUUUUAUUUAUUUACUUUUACUCUCACCCUGCUCCUGUGCCAGCAGGGGCCACUUCAAGGCCAAGGUACAGGGUGAUAACUUGUGGUCCAGCAUCAGUUUUCUCCACUUCUUUCUCCCACUCACCCCCAGCAAGGUGCCUGGGGAGACUUGAGCAGAUGUUUCAUUUUGGCCUGGCCAGUGGCUGAAAGCCAGGCCUCCAAUGCACUGUGACCUCUGGCUUCCCCAGCAGCUUUCCCAGAGAGGCAGAGGGGCCUUCCACAGCCCGGGUUCUCCUGCUGCCUCCUGCCUGCUGCAGCUGCAAGCAUUCUGAGGGGCAACGUGGAGGAAGGGCCAGGGAUGCAUGGGAUUUUAAUUUUUUCAUCAAACCUUCCCCGUGGCAAAGGAACAGUCAGUCCUCUUCAGGUGUCUUCUGGAUUUCUGGUGAUGGACAGAGAAAUCUUUUUAUGUUACAGUUUUAAAUUAUGUCCAACAAAUAAAAAUGGCAUUUUUUAUUUUGGA